AGUUUUGAAUAUAUUAUGCAUUAUGUUAUUUAUCUGCAGAAGAAGGCAAGGGUACAGAGGGAAAUGACUUUACAAGAUAUGUACAACCAAGACUCCUUUGAUGACGACGAUGAGGAAGACAGUGACUGGGAGCCCAUGCAAAAGCAUGUUGAGAUUAUGAAGUGGUUUUGUACCAACUGUACAAUGGUCAACCUGGAUGAUAUUGUGCAUUGUGAUAUAUGUGGGGAGCAUAAAGAGUCUGGUAUUCUAAGGCAUGGAUUUUUUGCUUCUCCUUUCCAAGAUGGUCUUAUGGAUGUUGAAUCAGAAGUUAAAGAGAAAUAUAAAGAAUUGCGCUCAGGAGUUUCAGUCUCCAGCAGUUGCACGGCAAUAGGUUUUGAUGAGAGAAUGUUGCUGCACUCAGAAGUUGAGAUGAAGUCACAUCCACAUCCUGAAAGAGCAGACCGUCUUCGAGCUAUUGCUGCUAGCCUGGCUACUGCUGGUAUAUUUCCUGGAAGAUGCUAUCCGAUACCUGCAAGAGAAAUAACGCGAGAAGAACUUAAGAUGGUUCAUUCCAUGGAGCAGAUUGAAGCAGUUGAACUUACAAGUCAUAUAUAUGCUAGUUACUUUACUCCUGACACAUAUGCUAAUGAGCAUUCAGCGCGUGCUGCUAGGCUUGCAGCAGGAUUGUGUGCAGAUCUUGCUGCAGCAAUUUUUUCUGGACGUGCCAAAAAUGGAUUUGCUCUGGUUCGGCCCCCAGGUCAUCAUGCUGGUGUAAGACAGGCCAUGGGAUUCUGCCUCCACAAUAAUGCAGCAAUUGCUGCAUUAGCAGCUCAGGCUGCAGGGGCAAAGAAGGUUCUUAUUGUUGAUUGGGACGUUCAUCAUGGAAAUGGUACUCAAGAAAUAUUUGAGCAGAAUAAAUCGGUUUUGUAUAUAUCUUUACACAGACAUGAGGGAGGAAAGUUUUAUCCUGGUACUGGAGCUGCUGAUGAGGUUGGUAUUCAGGGUGCUGAAGGAUACUGUGUGAACAUUCCGUGGAGUCGGGGUGGAGUUGGAGAUAAUGAUUAUGUUUUUGCAUUUCAGAAUGUUGUUCUUCCCAUAGCUUCUGAGUUUGCUCCUGAUUUCACAAUCAUAUCAGCUGGAUUUGAUGCUGCCAGGGGUGAUCCACUGGGUUGCUGUGAUGUCACUCCUGCUGGCUAUGCCCAGAUGACACAUAUGUUGAACGUUCUCUCUGGUGGCAAGUUGCUUGUUAUUCUAGAGGGCGGCUACAAUCUCCGGUCAAUAUCAUCUUCUGCUACUUCAGUGAUUAAGGUACUGCUGGGUGAAAAUCCUGGAUGCGAAUUGCACCACUGUGCUCCUUCUAAAGCUGGCCUACAAACGGUUCUGGAAGUUCUGAAGAUUCAGAUGAACUUCUGGCCUACUCUGGCACCACACUUUACAAAAUUGCAGUCACAAUGGGAAAUAUAUGCUUCUAAAAGCAAAAAAAAACAAAUUAAAAAGGUACGGCGGGCUGAAGCACCAAUAUGGUGGAAAUGGGGUAGAAAAAGGUUAUUGUACAAUAUUCUUAAAGGGCAUCUUCGUGUAAAAUCCAAGGGAUAUUAACUGACUUGAGGUUGUCAUCUUCAUGUAUCCCUUUUAUCCUGUAAUUUUGUGCAUUUUGUAUACCAGUUAGGUUCGCCAUGAUGUUUUAGUGGCAUAGGAUUUCUUCAUGCAUCAGUUUGAGAACAACCGUUGUUUUGAUCUUUUAUUAAAUCCUAUUGUGACUUGGACGAGAAGUUGAGGAAA